UUGGAACAUUCGACGCGUCUUGCAACUUUUAAUAUGAACACAUCGUGUCUCUUGGUCACCACAUAUACAGACGGUCACCACAUGCCUCUCCAGACACGGGAUUACCACACGUUUUAUUAAACAGAAGGCCCUCUACAUGUCUCUUGAUACACAGGCUCACCACGAUUCUCACGAGACACACAGUCACCACAUGUCUCUUGAGACAGAAGGUCACCACAUGUCUCUUGAUACAGGUCACCACAUGUCUCUUGAGACGAAAGUUCACCCCAUGUCUCUUGAGACGAAAGGUCACCACAUGUCUCUUGAUACACAGGCUCACCACGAUUCUCACGAUACACACGGUCACCACAUGUCUCUUAAGACAGAAGGUCACCACAUGUCUCUUGAGACGAAAGGUCACCACAUGUCUCUUGAGACGAAAGGUCACCCAUGUCUCUUGAGACAGAAGGUCACCACAUGUCUCUUGACACAAAAGGACACCACAUGUCUCUUGAGACGAAAGGUCACCACAUGUCUCUUGAGACAGAAAGUCACCACAUGUCUCUUGAGACAGAAGGUCACCACAUGUCUCUUGACACAGAAGGUCACCACAUGUCUCUUGAGACGAAAGUUCAACCCAUGUCUCUUGAGACAGAAGGUCGCCACAUGUCUCUUGACACAGAAGGUCACCACAUGUCUCUUGAGACGAAAGGUCACCACAUAUCUCUUGAAACAGAAGGUCAACUCAUGUCUCUUGAGACAGCAGGUCAGCACAUGUCUCUUGAGACGAAACGUCGCCACAUGUCUCUUGAAACAGAAGGUCACCACAUGUCUCUUGAAACAGAAGGUCACCUCAUGUCUCUUGAGACAGCAGGUCAGCACAUGUCUCUUGAGACGAAACAUCACCACAUGUCUCUUGAGACACAGAGCCACCACACAUCUCUAGAGACAUGUUAAGUUAGCAUACAUCGUGAAGAUAAUGUACAUGUAUGCUACGAGUUAAAUGCAAGGAAAUCUACG